AAGAUAGCAAGUAACGACCUUCCUUUUAAAUAUCCGCGAAGAUUGAACUCGACUCGUUUGUGACACGAGUUUGAAUGCAGCAACACUGCACUCUGAAAAUUACACGAUAGUUUCAGUAUUAUUGACCUUGCAACCCAGGAGAUCAAAUGUCAAUGUUAGGUCUUUUUCAAAAGUGUCGUGUUAGUGCGUAUUGUGGUGUUUUAAGUGUGAGAAAACAAGUAAGAUCUAUUCAUACAUUCAAAAUGGCAGAGAAAUCUGCUGAUUAUUCUACGACAAAUGGUUUUGAGAGUAAAACUCCUUUCCUGAUCGGUGUAGCAGGCGGCACGGCCAGUGGGAAGUCAACAGUAUGCCAGCGUAUAAUGGAGAAGCUUGGACAGCAGCACAAGGAGCAGACAGAGCGGCGCGUGGUUUGCAUCAGCCAGGACUCGUUCUACCGCACACUCACCCCUUCAGAGAGGCUCCGGGCUGAACGUGGACAGUUUAACUUCGACCACCCUGAUGCCUUUGAUGACAAGAAACUGCUGGCGAUUUUGAAAGAUAUAUUGGCUGGGAAAAAGGUGGAAGUGCCAGAAUAUGAUUAUAUUACGAAUUCUAUUAGCCCGCACCGCUCGCACACCAUAUACCCGGCGGACGUGGUGCUCAUCGAGGGUAUCCUGGUGUUCUACUUCCCGGAAGUGCGCGAGCUGUUCCACAUGAAGCUGUUCGUCGACACCGACUCCGACACCAGGCUCGCUAGGAGAGUUCCCCGCGACAUUAUGGAGCGCGGCAGAGACCUGGAGCAGGUUCUCAACCAGUACAUGAACUUCGUGAAGCCAGCCUUCGAGGAGUUCUGUUUACCGACCAAGAAAUUCGCUGACGUGAUCAUCCCCAGAGGAGCAGACAAUUUAGUGGCCAUCGACCUGAUCGUGCAGCACAUCUCGGACUACCUGAAGCGCAGUCCGGCCGACAAGAGCAUCGCGCUGGAGCUGGGGCUGUCCUCGUCGUCAGUGCCCGGCAGCCCGCAGCGCGCCGGCAAGGGCGGCCGCCCGCACUAGACCGCCUACACAUAACACAUAAGAGCAACACCAGCAAUAAUUUGAGAUAUAGAGGCGAUGUGCCGGCACCGCGACUGCAGCGCCCGGCGGCGGACUCACUCGCAAGCUUCCCUUACGCGGCCUCGACACAGUUACCUAUGUUAUCUAUAAGCUAAGACUACUCUAUGGCUCACGCAUACUAUUGUCAAUGGUCCAGCUACAGAACCUAAGACAGAAUACUCGUGGUGUAUAACACCUUGAAAUCAAUACUUGUAAGUAUAGCUUACGUUGACAAUGUAUGCUUAAGUCAAAGCGACCAAGUGUCGGUACUGCUCGGAGCCGUGCUCACUCCCCAAGGGACAAUGGUCGUGAACAUAGGUAGACACUCGUUAGAAUAAUCUUUGGAUAAUAGAUAAGCUUAAAAUUAGAUAUUUAUAAGGGGCUCGUAAAAGACCGGACCUAUAGUGGUGUGCCUUGAUAAUAAAGGUGGUACUUAUCGACGUAAAUUAUUAUAACAUUGUAAGUUUAGUUGUUUUAAUGUCUCAGUAACUUGUAUCCAUUAGAAUGUUCGUCAAUUCUCUUCUCAACUCUAGUGACAGCGUUAGAAGCACAAAUUAUUUUUUUAUGAAAUCGUGUUCCGCCUCGUUUAUCGACUACGUAGAUUUUUCCCGCCAUUCGCAGCGCCAUAUUAGAGAAACAUCUGUUGCACGAAAAUCUAGACCUAGGUAUAAGUAAAUUAAUUAACAAAAUAGUUAAAAAUCUCACAAGCGAGCAACAUAUCUAGUAGAUAAAACAAUGUUAUACAAAUCCUCUAGUUGUGUACUAGUCAAUGGAAACUUUCAAAACGUAUGCUCAACGGCAUUAGUACUUAUUCGGUCUGUUAGAAAUUUUGAUGUUCCUUUGUUUGUCCUUUUAAAUCGUAAAUAAGAUAAAUUAUUAAAUAAAUACGUAACUAAGCUUUGAAAAGGAUUGUUUAAAGUUAUAUUUUUUUAAAAGCUGACAUUAAGCGGACGUUUAUUUGGGAAGUUGAAUGUAAGUUAGCCAAAGGUGCCAAAGAAUUUUAAAACGUACCUAAAAGUGUUGGAUGUCGACUCCGUGCGAGUUCUCUUCCCUGCGGACGUCCACAGUGUGUUCCUAGUCAGGUGUUAAUGGAUAGUUAGGAAUGAUCGAGGCUGUUAAGAAAGAUUGUCGUAUUAAUGCGCGAUAUUCGCUAUUUUGUUGUUGAUUUUAUUUAUUAUAGUUUGUAUUUAGAGUAAGGAGUAGCUUGUAGACAAGUUUCCUCAUAUGUUAUACGAGAUAGGCACGGAUUACGUAUUGGGAGAGCCGGUACCUAUUAGCCUCCCUGGUAAGAAUUUGAUAUUUUGACUUCAAUAUUGUAUUCCGACUCCCAAGUGCGUACGUGCUAGACCUUUCUCUCUUCCAACGAAGCUAAUUGGAAAACGAUCCAAUCGUAAAUCUCUCGUAAAAAUCAUGAAUAUUAUUUUUCUGUUUUUUGUCUUUCACUUUAACGUAAAUAGCAGUAAUGUUUUAACGUAUCUAGGCUGAUUAUAACUAUUUAGUUUUUAAGCGGCAGUAUAUUAAUGUGAUGACACAUUCACAGUAACAUAGGAACUUGUAAUAUUGUUUUGCGUCUUUAAUGCCUAUCGUGUAUGUUGAUUUUGUUAUUUAAAUUAUGAAUGCUUAUUUAUUAGUUAACAAACGUGGCAUGAUCGUAUAGUGUGAAUAUUCAAGCUACGUUCAAAUAUUCAAAAGUGUUCGUCUGACAUUUUUUUUUGUAACUUCUGACGUCGACCAAUUUUUUUUCUCCGAUUUUACAAUAAAUCCUUAAAGAGAUAUCCUUAAAUAAUAUAUAUUAAUUAUAAUUCUUAAAUAAGAGCUUAUGACUUCAACCCACGCCGAGGACACCUCAGGAUAGAAUGAUCCAUUGCCUGAGCCAAAAGAAAUAGCUUGACUCUAGCUAGAAACAUUAUGCGGACCUGCUAUAUUUGUUAACAUCUACCUAAUAUCGUAAAAUGAAUGUAAGAUACGUUUUGAGAUAAUCGCAGAUAAUGAAUUUAUUUCAAUGUUAUUUACUAUAAUUUAAGUUUUAAAAAGACAAGCGGAUAUUUUGACGUCAUAGUCUGCUAUCAUUUCAAAAUGGAUGUUAUUUUUGUCCUUAUUUUGAUUGGCUUGCCUUUAUUAACGCGUAGAACAUAGCGCCUGAGGGCCUAACACCGAAUUUUAAAGGAGAACUUGCAUUGUAGAAGCGAGAUAGAAUACUGCGGUGUAGAGCGCCGUCUCUUUCACACCACAUGAUACUGCUUUAGGUGUUAGCCCACUGUUUUUGUACCAAAGAAUGUGUUUACAUGUUUUAUUAGUUAAGUGAUUGUUUUUAUAUUGAUUCUUGUAAUAUUAAAUGUUUUUUUUUUAGUGAAAUAGAACUAGCUCUGCUGGCAAGUAAGGCUAGCUUACUAUUUUUUAUUUUCGUAUUAAAUUAUUUUAUUGUUAAUUAUGACCAAAAAGUAAAAUAUAUUAAAAUAGUAGUUUGUGGAUUUAUUCGAUUCUCAUUUGGCUGUAGCGUUAUUGGCAAAAAAUAUAUUUUGUUAUUACUUGCCAGCAGCUAAUUGCUUUCUCUGUAUGUUCAUAAGUAUCUAUUCCGUACUACAUUCUGUUUUGUAUUUCGACGCAAUAAUCCGUUGUUUACACACAAAUAUUGUACAAAAUAUAUUAUUUUUAAAAUAAAA